GUGAAUGAAUGAUUUGAAAAAGAUGGAAUGAACUUCUUCAUCCUGUGACAGUGCUGACAAGAACUGCCACUUUGUCAGCCUCCUUACCUGAAUCUGUCACUUCAGGUUCUGUUGAGUGACAACAUGGGGAGUGAUUUCAGCAAGCAGAUCUGCUGUGUGAUUUGUUGGAUAUGUAAGAAACAAAAGGUGGAGCAAGCAAAUGAAGAGACCAGUGAGACCAAGCCGAUUUUGCAGACCUCGGGGGAAACAUCGAUAUGCAUUUAUACGCAGCCUUCCUCUCCAACCCUGGAAGUCUCUAAACAAGGCUCUGAAGAGGUGCAGUCACCGAGCCAGGACCAGUGGCCAUCAGCUGAUGCUGCGGAGGUGAACACAGAGACCUGCCCUGCUGCACAUCCCAUGGGGAUGACUGAGAGAUGGGAGGCAGCCUGGGACUCCAUGGACUUCUUGGUGGCCCCUGCAGAUGGGGAGACCAAAGGAGAAGUUAAAGUCUUAACCCAGGUGGACAACCAGCAAGAAAGACAGAAAGUGGGUAAUGCAGAAGAGAAAAUAAAACCUGUUCCUCAUGCUUCUGAGGCCCAGCCUGUUACAUGCACAGCUCAGGAUGCUAAGCUUGUUGCAGACAAAGAGCAGCCUGAUGAACAGGCGGAGGCCUGUGUUCCAUGUGCUGGAAUAACUCUCCAAGAAAGAAAUAUUCUCAACUUCAUAGAAAUCAUAAGUGAAACUGCAGCUGGCCAAGACUGUGAGAUCAAGCCUCCUGCAGAGACUGGAGAGAGUCUCAUAGGAAGGAACUUGCCACUGUGUGCUGUGCAGAUGGCAGAGGAGACUGAGACCUACCUUUCUGCUGAGGCUGUGGAGGAAACAGACAGGGCUAAGUUUGCUGAAAUAAGUCCUCGAUCUGCUAAGAGUACUGAGCUUACAUGUCCAGUAGAUACAGCAUCUCUGCUGACUGUGCAGGCUCCGCAGAAGGCUAGGGAGAGAGUGGAACCUUCGGAAGUCGUAGCAAAUGGUAUGGCUGAGAUGUACUUUACUUCUGCAAUGCCUCGGGAGUCCCUGUAUCCAGAAGGGGAAUCUCUAGAGCCAGCAAACCAGCUGCUUGACUUCUCAGAGCAAGAGACCCGGUCUAGUAUGCCAAUUGCACAGGAGAUGGAGAGCCUAUGCUGUGCAGAGCCUGAGCAACUGUGCGAGGUUUUACGCCAGCCAAGCGAUGGUGUCCUAGGUGAACUGGAAGACGAGGAGAGCAAGGAAUGCGAUGCAGAAACUGCAGCAAGUGAGGCAGAGCCACAGCACAGGAUCGUGCAACAAACAACAGAGCUUCCAGAAGAACCACCAGUUUGUGUUCAGAUACCUGUAAAGCAAGAAGCUGAGUUUGUAAAUGUGGCACCCUCACUGGCCAAAGUGCUUGGGAGUAGUGGAGAAAUAGAGGCUGAAAACGUUGAAGCUUGA